CAGGUCCUCGCUUUCUUUACUCGCCGGGUUCCGCCAUUUUCUACCUUUUUAUCGGGGAAAGAAACUCAUCAGUGUCCAUUUAUAACGUUACAUCAACAAAAUAACCAGGGAGUGCACAAUAAUACCAUUUAUCAUAUUCGAACAUGGAGGACGACAGCCACCACAAAACGCUUUAUGUGGGUAACUUGUCAAGAGAUGUAACAGAAGUUUUAAUUCUUCAGUUAUUCACCCAGAUUGGACCUUGUAAAAGUUGUAAAAUGAUUAUGGAGCCACCCGAUAGCAGAGGGGUCAACUCUUCUGUUGGAUUUUCUGUUUUGCAGCACACGAGCAAUGACCCUUAUUGCUUUGUGGAGUUCUAUGAACACAGGGACGCUGCUGCUGCACUGGCAGCAAUGAAUGGGAGGAAGAUACUGGGCAAGGAGGUGAAGGUUAAUUGGGCCACCACUCCAAGCAGCCAGAAGAAAGACACAUCCAAUCACUUCCAUGUCUUUGUUGGAGACUUAAGUCCUGAGAUAACGACAGAGGAUAUCAAAGCUGCUUUUGCCCCUUUUGGUAAAAUCUCAGAUGCUCGUGUUGUGAAGGACAUGACCACGGGAAAAUCUAAGGGGUAUGGAUUUGUGUCCUUCUAUAACAAACUGGAUGCAGAGAACGCCAUUGUGCACAUGGGGGGACAGUGGCUGGGAGGCAGGCAGAUCAGGACCAACUGGGCAACUCGCAAGCCCCCGGCCCCCAAGAACAUACAAGAGAGCAGCUCCAAACAGCUGAGAUUUGAGGAUGUGGUGAACCAGUCAAGUCCACAGAAUUGCACUGUCUACUGUGGGGGUAUUCAGUCAGGACUAUCAGAGCAACUCAUGCGACAGACCUUUUCACCUUUUGGGCAAAUAAUGGAAAUCAGAGUUUUUCCAGAGAAGGGAUAUUCAUUCAUCAGGUUUUCCUCCCAUGAAAGUGCCGCCCAUGCCAUUGUCUCAGUGAACGGAACCACUAUCGAAGGCCACGUUGUCAAAUGCUACUGGGGAAAGGAGUCUCCCGACAUGGCAAAGAGCUUCCAGCAGGUGGAGUACAGUCAGUGGGGCCAGUGGGGCCAAAUGUAUGGUAACCCACAGCAGUAUGGACAGUAUAUGACCAAUGGCUGGCAGGUACCAUCUUACGGGAUGUAUGGACAGGCAUGGAACCAGCAAGGAUUCGGUGUGGAGGACUCCGUCCUGGCUGCAGCAGCACAGAACAUGUCAAGGCAGUCCCAGUCCCCUGCCUGGAUGGGGGGCUUCCCUGCACAGCCAGCGCAGACCCAGCCGGCCCCAGUGCUGCCCAGCCAGGCGGGCUACGGCAUGGCUGGAUACCAAACGCAGUGACAGCAUGGGCGAACACACACCAGCGUCAGAACACACAGUCCGCUUUCAGUCCCAGAAUGCCAGGCGGCCCAUGGCCUUCUACAACUACGCCUGCAUGUCUAUAUCUGGAAAGAGUAUUUAUUUUGAAUUCAACAGAUCUGAAACAACAGCGAGCUUUACUUUUGGUGCAGGAAGUGAAUGUCUUUUUUUUCUUAUCUUCAAAGGUGGGUGAGAAGGAGGGUGGGGGAGUGGGGGUGGUGGUGCCGAGAUUUUGCUUUUAUUUAGCAAAAUUGUCAUGCAAAAAAAAAUAAACUUUUUGAAAAUUUUGUCUGAAUUUUCACGCUUUGAUAUAGUAGAAUAUAAAAUGCAUCUGGAUUUUUUUUUUUCCUAGAGCAGAGAUAAAGGGAGACGUGUUUUGCCCCCAGAGACUGUCAACAGGAAAACAAGCGGUGUAAAUUAACUGUAAAUGCUUUUUUUAUCCUGUGGGCCAUUUAGUCCCUCAUUCACACUCUGGUUUUGCUUGUUCAUUACAUGUGAUGAACUGUUAAUCUGAAACUGAAGUAAACUUCAAUGUGUAAACAUCUUUACGAAUAUGUGCAUUCAGAACAUGGGUUCUGUAGCCUACCUGAUGUAGAUCCCAUCCUGGUUUGUUAAAACAUGAAACUGUCCUGUAAGUAUUUAUGCUGGUAUUUGUAUACACAUGUAAAUGUAGUUAACAAAGGGAGGGGUAUCCCAGAAACUACACAUGUAAAUAACCUUUUGGUACCAGCAAGAGUUUUUAAAGCAUGAGUUCUUGUAUAGUGGCAUAAUUGAUGUGAGUUUCACAAAAAAUGCAGUACAAAUAAGAGUUUGGGUUGGGGGGGUGACUAAAAUUGAAUCCGUUCAAUUUAAGAAGCCUUAAUUUUAAUAACAUUAUUGUACCACUUUUCAUCUGACGAUUGGACGCCUUCGUAGAGCUUUACCUUUUCUCUCCCUCUAUCUUCAGAUUUAGAGCCCAUAUUUUUUUUCUACUGAAAUUUUAUCACAAUAAAGUGUGCCAUUUAAGUUAACAGGGUGUAACUGCUAGGUAAUAUGGUUAUAUAAUUUUGAGGGUGUUUUGCAUGUCUUUAAAAUGCUUACUCUGGGUUGAUUGAGCAUUGAGUAAAUGGAAGAAACAAUGUUUGAAUGAUGAAUGAAGUUAAGCACCUUUUAAUUCUUCCGUUUAAAAUAAGUCUCAAUAAAAUGACAGUUGGAAUCAAAUUGUUGGUGUGUUCACCAUUUUCGCAGUGUGAGGAAACUUGGUACUGAAUCCAGAUUGUGUUCAGUUUUUUGUUUUUUUUUUUAAAUGAUAUCUUCUUAAUCCAGGAACCAUCAUGUUCUUGGGAAAUGUUAAGUGCCCCC